UCUGCAUCUGGACUUUAGCACGAGUUACGCAACACCCGAGAAUAUAAAACUCCCUGCUGCACACUUUGUCUUUUACAGCCAGAAAACCUUGUGAAGCUGGUGGGAAUGUCUGAGAGAGUUGUGCUGCAUUACUUCAAUGGCAGAGGAAAGAUGGAGGCGGUGCGCUGGCUGCUGGCUGCAGCUGGAGUCCAGUUUGAGGUGUUGUUUUUGACCAAAAGGGAGGAGUAUGAAAAACUGCUGAAUGAUGGAGCCCUGAUGUUUCAGCAGGUGCCUUUGGUGGAAAUAGACGGGAUGCAGCUCGUGCAGUCAAAGGCCAUCUUGAACUACAUCGCUGGAAAAUACAGUCUUUACGGAAAAGAUCUUAAAGAACGGGCUAUGAUCGACAUGUAUUCAGAGGGAGUCAGUGAUCUCAUGGAUUUGGUUAUAAUGUAUCCUUUGACACCACCUGAAAACAAACAGAAAUACCUCAGUAAUAUAGAGCAAAAGGCCAAAGAUCGCUUUCUUCCCGUGUUUGAAAAGGGUCUGGGGAACUCUCAGUUCCUUGUGGGAAACCAGUUGAGCCAUGCUGACGUUCACCUUCUUGAAGUCACUCUGAUGCUGCAGGAGUUACUCCCUACAAUACUUUCACGCUUUCCCAAAAUCCAGGCGUUUCAAGAGAAGAUGAAGGCCUUACCAACGAUCAGCAAGUUCCUCCAGCCGGGCAGCGCAAGAAAACCUCCACCCCAUGAGGCGUAUGUGAAAACCGUGAAGGAGGUGUUGAGCCACCUCUUCAAGUAGCAGGCUCACGGUUUUACACUCAUUUGAAUUAAUUAACAGAUGAUGUUAAUCACUAAUUCAUUUACAAACCAGUCUUCCUUAUUGUUACAAGAUUAAAGCGGAGACUCUAAAAUGGACAGAUUUAUUUGGAAUGUACAAGAUACAAUUUGUUGAUAAAAAGUGAUAAUGCUGAUGUAAACUGUCCAGUAGAUGUUGUGGGAAAGGUCCUCGUGUGGUCUGUCCACGAGCUCUUAGAAGAUCAAAAGUCGCAAAACCAUGAGGAGGCUGAAAACAGAAGACAAACCAUCAGAAUAAUCAGCUCUCGAGGCUUUGGCACAUCUGUGAAUUACUGUGUGUUUGCUCUAGUUAUAAUAAUAGCUUUAUUGAAGCAGAUCAAUAAAAUGAUUUAAUAUAA